AUGCGCGACAAGGCGCUCCUCGACGACUACUUUACCCAGAAUCCUUACUACUAUGGCGCCGUCCUGUACGCAGCCGCACGCUCGGCUGGCAUAGCCCUGGGUCUUGACGGGAGCUACCAAGGCGCCAACAACACUUUUGCCCUCGUCUCUCGUUCCCAUGGACCAACGACGCCUCCUCCAAUGCCACUUUCUUCAACGCUGCCCAAGGCUUUCUCGUCACUCCCCAACGGUAUGAAUGCAAGGCGCCCCCUCCAAGAUCCGUCCUAUAAGUCAGAGACCUUUGUCCACGAUUGGCAUGAAGGGAAACAUGUUUUAUUCAUCAAACUCGGGUUCUUCCGCAUAUCUUCUAUCAACCACUUUGAAAACGACGAAACUCUCGGGACAGAACUGGCCAGCGACCAGGACCCGAACCGGAACCCGACCAUGAUGGCCACGACGACGAAAUCGCGGCGAUCACAAUUUCUUCCCCACGCCCUUAAACCGGCCCCUGAAUCGCAGCGUCAUCCUCUUCGGCGCUAG